AAUUUAGUUCAAUCAGAAGUCCUGAAAAGAGAUGGGGGUUGGGGAUGGGGAGAGAAGGAGCAUCAGCAUACCUUAGUCUGUGAACAUAGAAAAAUACUAUGUUAAACUGUUGCUUACCUCAGUUUUGYCCUCAAGAUCCCGGGACAAUAGCACUGAUUACAGCACAAGUUAUAACAGAUGUCACUGACUCAGUGAAACUACAGAGCAGAGAAACACCUCAGAGAAUGCCCAAGAGAUGUGUGAUUAGAUCCAGCCAAGCAGUUCCUUAUGAGUGGGAAGGAUUGAGAAGCAUCUUGGUUUUGAAAUUACCCGAGGAUGAAGGAAAAACACCACUCCUGGAUAAACUGAGGCAACAGAAGGACCUAGUCCAGUGGCUAAGGAUGCAGGCCUUGUUCCACAAGCUUAGGAGCAGCUCAGACUGUUUCUGUGUUCAGACAGCAGAAAUAACCAGUGAAGGCAACUCAUGAGCACCUGGAGGUACGGACUGAGCCUGCAGAUGUCUCCCCAGAAUCUCUCACUUUCAGACUCUCUGCAAAUAGCAAUUUUGGCUUCCAUAUUUUCUAUUGUCAUUUACUGGCUCAUCAGAGACAGAUACAGAGUGGGUAACCUGAAUGGAAAGCAUGUCUUCAUAAUGGGCUGUGACACAGGACUUGGAAACUCACUGGCUAAAUGGCUYGACAAAAAGGGAUUUUGUGUCAUUGCUGCAUGUGCCACAGGAAAAGGAGGCCAAGAGCUCCAGGCCUGCUCCUCACUCUCAUUGAAGACAGUGAAUCUGAACUUAGCAGACUCCAACAGCAUUGCCAGAGCCGUGGUGUUUGUGACUGAACAGACAGCUGGCAAGGGGCUUUUUGGCUUGGUGAGCAAUGCUGAAGGAUCAGCACCUGUAGCACCCACUGACUGUCUGACAAUUGAAGACUUCCAUUCAGUCCUGGAUGUUAGCCUGCURGGAGUGAUUGAAAUCACACUCAAGCUUCUGCCACUUCUGAAAAAAGCUGAGGGAAGAGUCAUCAAUCUAAUUAAUGCCAAAGGCCUCAUGGCUUUAGUAGGGGGUGGCUACAGUCUGUCRAAAUGGGGCAUGGAAGCUUUCUCUGACACCUUACGGAUAGAGAUGCAGCAUUUUGGAGUAAAAGUAAGCAUUGUUGAGCAUGGUUUCUUUAAGGCAGAAGUAGUAAAUUCAGAUAUCGAGAAAUACCUCUUCAGACUUUGGAACAGCCUGACUCCUGAGAUCAGGGACUCCUAUGAAGAAAAAUACUUUGUUGAAUAUAUAAAAGCCCAAAGAUCAUCAGUGAAAAGACUGUGUGACUAUGAUCUUUCUAAUGUCAUAAAAUGCAUGGAACAUGCCCUGAUAGCGAAGUACCCCAGGACACGAUACAGAGCUGGAUGGGAUGCAAAGUUCUUCUGGCUGUUUCUCUCCUACGCCCCAAGCUGUUUAUCUGACAUGCUGUUGCGUAUUACGUUUCCARCUCAAGCAGAUAGCAGGAGACCAGUUUGUGGAGUUCUGAUUAAUGUCUAGUAUUAAAACRGUAUCACCUCUGCAGAAAUAAAUAUUUAUCCCAUCAAACUAGAUGUCCUUUACCAGUUACUACACUGUUUAAAUUCUUUUCAAAAGAUGCUUCCAUCCCGCACCCCACCUUACCUGAAAUUCUGAGUUCACAGGUAGGCUUUUAWAUCCAGCAGGUUUUUGAAGGCCACUUUUUAUGCUUAGAAAUGAUACCUCUAUAGGAUCUGCAUUCAUAAAAUAUUCUGCUACAAAGCUAGUUAAUACUGUUCACACAAUUAAGAAAAAAUUAAAUAAGAAAAUAAAUCACUAGAAGACUUUUUCAAGUAGACUUCCUCAACACACAGGCUGCAAGGGAUCUUGAAAUAGAGCCGUGGUUUUUCAGAACACAUCCAUGUACCUUGCAGAAUGUAUUUAGUCAGAUUCAGUCAUCUAUUUCACAGGAAGAUUGAUCAUGGUCAUAUUCAGGAACUGCUAAUCUUCAUAAGCUUCUGAACACAAGACAUGAUGCCMAAUAACAAAAGAGCUCAGCUAUUGCAGCAUAUUCCAGAAAUUACAAUUACAGUAUCUGACAAYACCUAGUUACCUAAUUAUUCAAUUCCGCAGAGAAAAAAACAAGCUAUUUUACAGAUAUGCAGUUCCAGGGAAAAAUCAAAACUCUACUGUACUGUGCAAACAGAGUAUCCAAAUGG